GGCAUGAGCCCCCCCCCUCACACUUGGCGGGAUGCUGAGGAGGAGGAGGAGGAUGAAGAUGGUGAUGAUGAAGAAGAAGGAAUUAUCCCUGGCUCUGCUCGCCCUCUCUACGUUCUGCCGGGGGGCGGCUCCGUGCUUGGCCCUGGAUCCUCCCUCGGCUCCUCCUCUCCCGAACCCCUCCCCUUUCCCCUGGAUUUCCGAGCCUUCCCCGGCUGUUUCUCCACAAAAAUCCACCGAAACUCCGCGAAUUGCCGUUCCCAGCCCGGUCCAGGAUGGCGGGAAGAUGCGGAUCGUGCGGGCCGGGCUAUCCCAGCCCUCUGGAGGCCAUGAAAGGGCCCCGGGAGCGGCUGCUCUACGUGCCCUGCAUCUACCGCAACACCGGCCUCGGCAUUCCCGACUUCCUGGCCACCGUGGAUGUGGAUCCCGAAUCCCCUCGGUACUGCCAGGUGAUCCACCGGCUGCCCAUGCCGCACGUGGGGGACGAGCUGCACCACUCGGGCUGGAACGCCUGCAGCAGCUGCCACGGCGACCCCUCCAAAUCCAGGAAUUUCCUGAUCCUGCCCUGCCUCGUCUCCUCCCGCGUCUACGUCGUGGAUGUGGGUACCGACCCCAAGGCGCCCAGGCUGCACAAGGUGGUGGAGGCCGAGGAGCUGGCCCGCAAGGCGAGCGCGGCGUUCCCGCACACCUCCCACUGCCUGGGCUCCGGCGAGAUCCUCAUCAGCUGCCUGGGGGAUCCUGACGGCAACGGAAAAGGCACUUUUGUCCUCCUGGAUGGAGAAACCUUUGAAGUGAAAGGAAACUGGGAGAAAGGAGGAAAAAUCCCAAAUUUGGGCUACGACUUCUGGUACCAGCCCCGGCACAACGUCAUGCUCAGCACCGAGUGGGGCGUCCCCAAAAUCCUGACCCAGGGCUUCGAUCCCAAGGAUGUGGAGAAAGGGCACUACGGGCGCCGCAUCAACGUGUGGGACUGGGCCGAGCGGCGCCUGGUGCAGGAGCUGGAGCUGGGCGCGGGCUCCGUGCCGCUGGAGAUCCGCUUCCUGCACGAGCCGCGCGCCGCGCUGGGCUUCGUGGGCUGCGCCCUGAGCGGCCACGUGCAGCGCUUCCAGCGCGGCCCCGAAGGAAAAUGGGAAGCAGAGAAGGUGAUUGAGGUGCCCAACAAGAAAGUGCAAGGAUGGCUCCUCCCAGAAAUGCCAGGGCUGAUCACGGAUAUCCUGAUUUCCCUGGACGACAGAUUCCUGUACUUCAGCUGCUGGCUCCACGGGGACGUGCGCCAGUACGACAUCUCCGACCCCAAAAACCCCAAACUGGUGGGGCAGGUUUUUCUGGGAGGCAGCAUCUCCAAAGGGGGAGGUGUGACCGUGGUGGAGGAUCGGGAAUUGCAGGAUCAGCCGGAGCCGUGCGUGAUCCAGGGGAAGAGGAUCCCGGGGGGGCCGCAGAUGCUGCAGCUGAGCCUGGACGGGCGCCGGCUCUACGUCACCACGUCGCUGUUCAGCGCCUGGGACCGGCAGUUCUACCCCAGCCUGCUCACGGAGGGCUCGGUGCUGCUGCAGCUGGACGUGGACACGGAGCGCGGCGGCCUGGCCGUCAAUCCCAAAUUCCUGCUGGAUUUCGGGAAGGAGCCGGGCGGGCCCUGCCUGGCGCACGAGGUGCGCUACCCGGGGGGGGACUGCACCUCCGACAUCUGGCUGUGACCCCGGAAUGUUCCGGAAUGUUCCGGAAUCAUCGGGAAUGGGGGGAAUGGGGGGAUGUGGGACUGCACCUCCGACAUCUGGCUGUGACCCCGGAAUGUUCCGGAAUGUUCCGGAAUCAUCGGGAAUGGGGGGAA